CGUACCGAAAGCGCAGAGGGAAGGAGCGAAACGCACACCAAAGUAAAAGGGAGCAGCGGCAGACGGUAGAGCGUACGUGCGGAUGCGUGCCAAAGUGGGCCAGCCAGUAUCUUCAGCAAAGGGAACUGUCAAGAUGGCCGUCGCCAGUUAGUGCUGCCCGUGUUGCUGUGUGGUAUUGUGUCAAAUGCAACACACCGCCCGAACCAGUGCGGACCGCUCGAAGUGAUCAGAAGGGAAAAGCGUUCCUCCCCGUCCCCUUCCGACCCAGUCCCCGCGUGCGCGCGCGCGCGCGCCCUGUGUGCAAGAAAACGGCUACCGAAGCGACCAGCAGCAGCCCCCUAGUCUAGUGUGUGUCUGCGUGUGUAUUUGUGUGUAUUUAUUGUGGUACCCUGCUCCCUGAUCAAUCCCCCAGCCAUACGGGGUGAAAAGAAGAAGAAGAAGAAGAAGAAGAAGAAGAAGAAGAAGCAGUAGUGCAGCGCGCUACAAGUCGCUACAGUGUUGUAUUUUAUGUGUUUUUGUUGUUGUUAGUGUACUUGUGUGUGUGUGUGUGCGUGAUGUGUUGUGCGUGUGCCGUAGCUGCUGCUGCGGCCGCUACGAAUCCUGCCGGGGGAAGCGCAAGGCGGGAAGCAGGGCGGCAGACGAACGUUUGUCAAAGACGCUCCAUCCUCAGCGAGUAAACGACUCCUCCGCGAUCAACAACAAUAACAACAACAACAGCAACAUAAAAACGCCAAACCAAAGUCGCCGUUUUGUCCACAUUCAACCGCAUCGAACGAACCGGCUCCAAAAACCUGCCAACCUCCUCCCCCCAGCCACAACUGUCCCCAGAGCCUGUCCCCUGUCCCGCAAAAGCAAAAGGGACACCGAGGGCGGCACCGGCAGUCAGCACCGCAUGCACGGGGAAGUUUGUUAAAACAGCCAAAAAAAAAAAACGGAAACGAGCGACUAGAGACAACUGAAAAAAGACUCACACGCGGCCGAGAUCCCUCCCCCCGGGCACUUAUAGAACGAGAAAAAGAGAGAGAGAGCGCAAGCUUGUACGCGUGACUGUGUUUUAGGUGUGUGGCGUAGACGGGGCGACACGGGGAGAGGCGCGCAUGGUGGGGCUGAUGGCAUUGGUCACAAGCCCGAUCAGCAGCAGCGGCAGCAGCCCCAUCAACAACAGCAGCAACCAAGACGGCACCAAUAAUACGGACAAGAAAUCAGCGCGCGAUGAAGAGACACAAUCGAAAGUAAUCCGAGGCCGCAGCGGAUGCCCGAAGUUCAGCACCAGCCAAGGGACCAUCGCCUUGAUGCUUGGGUCAGGCGAGCAUCUUCGUGCCUCGUGCGAGGAUCAACUCACGGCUACCAGCAUCACCGCCGCUGCUGUCGAUCCGGCCGCCGACAACGCCGGCAGCGGCGGCAGCAGCAGCAGAAGCAGCAGCGCCGCGAAUGACGAUGCGCCGGCAGCCAGCAAUGGGGCCGACGGUGGCGGCAUCGGCAUGGCGGACACCGGCGAGGGCAAGGUGGAAGGCAGAGCGCCCAGCCGACCGGCGUCCUCGUGCAGCAGCGGCAGCAGCUCGUCCUCCUCCGACAUUCAGCAGCACCUGCAGUCCAUGACCUGCCUGCUCCGGCCGGAAGAAACGCUCAAGAUGGCGGUGAAGCUGGAAUCGUUGCGGACGGGUCGCACCCGAUACUUGGUGGUGGUGUCGCGCACCGUCACCAGCAAGCGCCAUAGCACCGCCGGCACCACGCCGUACCAUGGGGCGAGCGGUGGCACCAGUUCCUCGAUCGGUAGCAACGCCGCCUCCUCCUCCACCUUGCAAAUGGUCGCGGCGGCGGCGGCGGCCUCGGCGGCACCACCCGCCACGUACGCCACAGUUGCGUCCCAGCAGUUCGGUCGCGUCAGCUCGACUGUGCCGUCUGGGCAACAGCAACAACACUUGCGCCACAGCGGUAGCGGUAGCAGCAGCAGCGAAACGUUUAACGGCAGCGACACGUACGUGUCCAGCCUAGACAACUGCGUCCUGAGCGUUGGCUGCUCUGCCGGUGGCGGUCGGCUACCGCCCACCGGUGGCAACGCAGCGCCGACGUGCAGAAGCGAUCAAUGUGAUAGUAAAGCUAAUAGUAGGUUAAUCAGUAGCACGGUAAGCGUGGACGCGGUAACGUCGCCAGACUACGUCGGUGUGCCGUUCGCUUCCCCGAGCGGUGGUGUGGACGAUGCGACGACGCUCGGCGGCGAUAGACGAAGCUGCGCGAUCGAUUCGACGUGCUUGUACGAGCCCGGUGAGCAGCAGCUGCAUCCUGCCAGCAGCAGCACCAGUGCCAUCCCCGUGGAAGGAGGGAAAAAGCUCGAAGAGUCCUGCCUGCUCGGCAUCGACUGCAACGAGCGGACGACGGUUGGCUUGGUGCUGAAGGUGCUCGCCGACACCUCCAUACGGUUAGACGGUGACGGUGGCUUUAGCGUUAGCUCCUGUGGCAAGCAGCACAUCUUUAAGCCGGUGUCGGUACAGGCGAUGUGGUCGGCGCUGCAAACCCUGCACAAGGCCUCGUUUAAGGCGCGCGAGCACAACUUCUUUGCCGGCGGCCCGUCCCACGACUGGGUGGCGUACUACGAGGCGCACAUCGACUCGGACCGCUCCUGUCUGAACGAGUGGAACGCGAUGGAUUCGCUCGAAAGCCGCCGCCCGCCGUCGCCGGGCUCGAUACGCAACAAACCGACCGAACGAGAGGAAACGGAAAGUGUGAUACGCUCCAAGCUGAAGGAGGUGAUGAUGUCGGUCGAUCUGGACGACGUGACGUCCAAGUUCAUCCGCGGCCGGCUCGAGGAGCUGCUCGAUAUGGAUCUGGGCGAGUACAAACCGUUCAUCGACGCGGAGAUGCUCGUUAUCCUGGGCCAGAUGGACGCACCGACCGAGAUCUUCGACCACGUCUAUCUCGGCUCGGAGUGGAACGCCAGCAAUCUGGAGGAGCUGCAGCGUAACGGCGUCCAUCACAUACUGAACGUGACGCGCGAGAUCGACAACUUCUUCCCCGGGCUGUUCCACUACUGCAACGUGCGCGUGUACGACGACGAGAAGACGGACCUGCUGCGGCACUGGGACAACACGUUCAAGUUCAUCUCGCGCGCCAAGAUGGAGGGCUCGAAGGUGCUGGUGCACUGCAAGAUGGGCAUCAGUCGGUCCGCGUCGGUCGUCAUUGCGUACGCGAUGAAGGCGAACGGGUGGGACUUUGGGCAGGCGCUGCAGCACGUGAAGGAGAAGCGGAGCUGCAUUAAGCCGAACAAGAACUUUCUGAUGCAGCUGGAAACGUACCAGGGCAUGCUGGAUGCGAUGAAGAACAAGGAGAAGCUGCAGCGCAGCAAGAGCGAAACCAACCUGAAGCUGACCGGCGCGAAGGAGGGCCGCUCGCUGCCCGGCAGCGAACCGACGCCCCUGAUACAGGCGCUCAACGGGGCGAGCGGUGGUGGUAGUGGUGGAGGUAAAAAGCACACCUCCUUCCCGAUCGUGCACGCGCUGGGCAAAGAGGCAGUCGCUGUGGCGGAGAAGGCAGCACCUGCGCCAGAGGAGGACCCGAGCGCCGACGGCGUGGAUGAAGGUGAUGCCGGCCCGUGCCGGGGUCGAACGCGCACACGACAGCUGAAGGUGGGAGCAUCCGGGCAGCAGCCAGACCAUCGGCAGGGCGAGCCGACGUCCCAUCCCGUGCCCUUGGGAGCGGCAGCGCCCGCCAGCAGCAGCAGCCCGCCCGGCCCGGCCUCGACAGCGAAGGCGGCGGCGGCGAAAUGUUUGGCCAACCUAUACCUCCCGCAGGGCCCGUACAAACCGUGGAGCGCCUGCGACGGGCGGAUCUGUACACGGGCGGCGGGUGCGCUGAAGCGCCACAAGAGCCUGUCGCCCGAAUCGCUCAAUCCUCGCUGGCCGGACGGUGCGGAGUUUGUCGGCUCGUCGCUAGCGUACGCGGAGCAGCCGUUUGCGGACGCGAGCAAAGCGUCGCGCACCCGCACCAUGCUCGAGCUGGACAGUGCGGGCGACGCGGGCGGACCGGCGUCGGCGUCUGGGCGGCGCAAGCAGCAGAGCUACUCGCUCGAGCACCUGCACGGCGGGGCGCUCGAGAUGCGGUCGCCGUGCACGCACGAGACGAAGACGAUAAGGAUGCCGUGCGGCAACGGGCAGAACUACAGCGUGUCGCCGAACCAGAUAGUGCACUUGCAGGACAAGAUGCCGUCGCGGUCGGUGCGCCAGCCCGGUGCCUCCGUGAAGCCUGCCCUCGCCGGCAGCACCACCACGCCGAAUCGAACGGACAGCUUGCUGUGGAAACUGUUCCCCACCAGCAGCAGCAGCAGCCACGUGGGAGCCGGCCAGGAAGCUGCCGCCGGAUCCUCGCCAGUGCAGUCACUUACUACAACAGUGCCAUCCAACAACACCACCACUAGCAGCAGCAGCAGCAGCAGCAGUAGCGUCAUCCCUUUGUCGUCGUCUGCGUCUACUGCCUCGUUGCCGGUGUCCACGGUCAAAACAAUCGUCAGCGAGCUGGAGUGUAACAGCGGUAGCGCCAACAUACCGAUCGCGCCGCCACCGCUGCUGACGGACCCGGGCGCCGCACUGGCGGUCAGCGUCCCGAUACCGAUCGCUUCCGUGGCGGCGGAGGCUGCUGCCGUCGCCGUUGCCUCGGCAAUACGCGAAGCGUCACGCAAGAACGUCGUGCUGGACGGUGGUGCGGAUACGCCGCUCACAGCUGCAGCGGACGCGAACAGUUCCGCCCAGUGGGAUCCGGGAGAAGCGAUCGCGCCGUCGGCCGGUGAGAUUAAGACCGCCGAACCACCUCCGAUCUGUUGGACGUCGUCCGCGCAAAUCAUACAGCAGUGCAGUGGGGCGGCAGCGUUCGUGGAGCCGGUCGAGCCGGCAAGCAGCAGCAGUGUGGAGGUCUGCGGGCGGAUGGUCGAAUCGGAGCCCGUGGCGGAGCAGCAGGGCGUUACGCGCCAAUGCUCCUGGAGCAGCUGCGACUCGAGCUGUGCCGGCAUCGUGGACGGUCCCUUCGUCGCCUGCUUUGGCCAGCGGUGCGUACCCGCCGGCGGUGGGGCUGCUCGAAGCGGCAGUGCGCCGCCCCCAAUCGAGGAGAAGGAAGAUAUCCCCUGGCACCCGGGCACGGUGAAGCGCACGAAGAAACGCAUCGAAGAGCGUGGCUCGAACGCGGCAGCAGCGACUAGCAGCAGCAGCACGUUGAAAUGGACCUGCCCGGCCUCGGAAAAGGUUCCAGCCCUGGUCGGGCACGAACCGGCGCACAAUCUCCCAUCGGCCGAUCCCCUUCACCUGCCAGCGAACCGUGCCCGCCAGGGCAUGGUGUCAUCGAGCUACGCUCGCCUUUCCGCCUCGGCGCCCGACUCCUACAACAUGUACGCCGGGAGCCGAGCGGGUUCAACCAGCGGGCCGGCCCUGGACCCAGCGCCGGCCGCCAAACGUCAAACCAAGCUGAACCAGCAGCAUUCGUUCGCGGCUGCGGUGAACCUGCUGGCGCGGACGGGCGAACCUGGCGCUGCCGCGCCGUACUGCUUGCGGGUGAACGUGCGCGGCAGCACGGCCAACCGGCAGCCGCAGAAGCCGGAGGAGGCGGCGGACGAGGAGGAUGCGUUCAGUGCGGGCAAGGUGCGCAAUCUGAAGAUGAACUUCGAGGCGAAAUCGAACGAUCGGCGCACGGGCCAGAAGAAGGUACGGUCGCUGCCGUCCUCGCCGGUCGCCGUGCACGUGUCGAUGGGCGGCCAGGCGAAGCAGCAGCAGCACCAACCCAUCGCCACCACGGCCACGCCGCCCAGCACGGUGGCCGCGUCCAGCCCAGCCAAACCGCUGCCCGAAGACGUGACGGUGCGCGACCUGGUCGAUCGGUACGAGGUGCACGGGCCGCGCAUGCGCCCCACCGGCAGCAACUCGCUGUCCCGCACCCAGCGGCCCCGGUCCGUGUUCGAGCCGCUCAAGCAGGGCGGCAAAGCGUGCGUGCAGGCGCCGGGCCCGCUGACACACUCCACGUCACAGCUGCGGCUCGACGAAACGAUGCGCCCGCCGGUGCCGCCGAUCGUGCGCGGCUUGGUCAUACCGGCGCACGGUGCGGGUGGCGCCAGUACGGCCCACUGCAGCAACAACAACAGCAGCAGCAGCACCACCACCACCGGCAACAGUCACACGUACAUCGGCGCCGGACCCAGUAUUAGUGCCACCAGUAACGCCCGGAACAACAACAACAACAACAACAACAACGCACGCUCGGCUGCGUCGCAGCAGGGUGCGGGCGGCAGUGCAGCCGAAGGAAGAGGAGUGGCGCUCAGUACGGUAGGGGGCGGCAAGCGCAUGCAGCAGCAUGGCCGGACGCACCCGCUCGCCAAGAUCAGUCCGGGCGCGCGGCAUCACCACCAUCAUCACAUCGUGCAUCACCACUACACGGUCGGGCCGCUGCAGCAGCAUCGGCACAUGGGUGCGGCCCCGGGACCGCCCGUGUCCGGCACGACGGGACCGGCCGCGACAACGGUCACCGCCAACGCGUACAACACGAUGUGAGCACAAGACCAGGGGGAGAGAGAGAGAGGAUAGCGAUAAUUUCUUUCUUUCUUUUUUUUAAUACGCCGCGCAACUCCCAAAACCACACGGAGCUUGGUAGUGAUAGUGAACGAUGCGCCCGUUGCGUUGUAUAUCUUGUUUUUUUUUUUUAAUUACUUUUUGAACGAUUUUUGUCAUGUUCAUCGAUUUCCUGUCUGUUUAGUGAGACGAGGGCCACGAUAGGAGAGGAGACGGUCACAAUUAGGUAGCGUGAGCGAUAUCGUGCGAAAGAGUUGGGGAGCCUGAGGGAGUGUAGAGCAAGAGCCGGCAGAGUGCCCAAGAGCCACAUAUUUAUUUUAUAACGCUUUAUGCAUCGUGAGUCCAAUUUGUUUCGUAUAUAUAUAUUUUUUUGGUUUUGCUCCAUAUUCUAGAAUGUUGAGCCUUCAUCAUGCUGCGCGUGAGUGUGCGUGUGUGUGUGUGUGUGUUAGUAUGUUUGAUGCUGUAAUUAUGAUUAAUGUGGCUCGAUUUACCCCGCUGUAUACUCGAUGCCUAUCUCUCUCUCUCUUUCUUUCUCUCUCUCUCUUUCACACACACAAACAUUGUGUUAUAUUUUUAUUGUGUCUUUCUUUUUUCUCAAACAAAAUUGUGUCUAUUUUAGUAGUACGCCCCCUUUCCCAGUAAGGAUAACAGAUGCGUUUACGUAACCGGUGCAAUAGUUGCAGAAGUUAAUUUAAAGACAGAAUCAAGCCAAACACUGUCACAGGUCACUCGAAAACAAUGGCGUGGCAAUGGUAACACUCCCGACACAAUAGAUAGGGUUCCGCGCGCGUCAUCGUUGUUAUGCGUUUAGUGAUGCAUGGUUGCAUUUAUGUAAUUUUUUGUUUAUUUUUUUUUAAAUUAUAUUUCUUAUUUUUCACAUACACAUACACUGUAAAGCUCUCCUUCGCCGUUCUUCUGUGUCAGUCAGUUAGCAUUGCCUCCAUCCUCUGUGUUUUUUUUUUUUCUUUCAUCCCGGUUCUCUACUCUGUUCGCACACUGGGGGGUUUUCUCUGUUCGUUCUUGGUUUAACUAUUGUACCGAUACGCUAAUGCUGUGCUAGUAAUGAUGAUUGUCGAAUUUACACACACACACACACACGCCUGCACACAUCGUGGUGAUCUUGCGCUGGGUCUCCGACCUCCCGACACCAGCAUGAAAGGGACGUCCAAUUUAUAAUUAACUGAUGCUGAUUUAAUAUUAAAAACCGACUGCAAUCGCUUUGCUUCCGUCAGGUCAUAAUUCUGAGUCUGAUUUUGGGCCGCGAGCCGCGCAAAUGCAAACAGCCUAGACAAUAUACGCAAUGCUUGAAUAGUGUGCGCACCGCUAGAAGAUACAUAAACGUUACGUAUUUUUAUUUUAGUUGGUUUGUUUUUUUUUGUUCAUUAAAUUGAAUUAUAUCUUUCAUAGCACACGCCUUUCUGCCUCUCUAAAAGUCUUGAAACGUCCUAGUCAAACGAAAAACAAACAAACAAAGAAUGCUAACACACACACACACACACACACACAUAAAAAAACCGAACCAAAAACUUUGCCUUUGUUUGGCGUACAUACAUUUAAUUUCGCAAUCCGUUAAAAUCAUUCCAGUCAAUCUAUUGCAAAACAUUUGUUUUACCUUAAUUCCUUCCCACUGCUUUGUGUCUAGCCCAGUAGUAACCGGUACUGCACUUUCUUUGUCCGGGUUUUGGUUGUUGUUUUUUUUUUGGGUUUGUGUGUCUGGUGAUCUACUUUGUUCUGUCGCGUGUGUUUCCUCCUUUACCCGCUUUCUUUCGCACAAAAAGCAGCAACGCGCAUCGCAAGAUCGGGGAGAAGAAAACAGCGCAUUCAUUUAGGUUUGCGCAGUUCAUUUGGUAGCCUUUUUAAAAGAAAAAAAAAAAAACGUCGGAACUCACGCUGAGUGCUGCCCCUUCAGGCUAGGUUAGUAAAUACGUUAGUUAUACGGUUUUUUUUUUGUUUGUUCUAGCUUAAUCAGCAGUGGAAGAAAACAAACACUACAAUACGCUCUAUACUGCAUUUUCCAAUCACACUGCAAGUUUGCUUGUUGCCUUUAGUGAUAGUGAUUUAGGGAUUUUUUUUUAAUAUUUUUAUACCAGUAUAUGUCAAACUAUUGUUCGUGUGUGUGUGUGUGUGUGUGUUUGUGUGCGUAUUUGUGUGCAUAUACUCAUCCCUUGUACAUAUGCUAGGCUAGAGUUGGAAGGGGAGCGUGAAUCGAAAUCGAAAUAACGAUAAGGCUACACAACCUUUCACCUUGUAAGAAUUAAUGGAAGGAAGACAACAAACAAACAAACAAAAAACACACUUAAGAACUCGAUUGACACAAAAACCCAUCCGCGCUGUGUACAGUUAGUUGCUCAUUUUUAUCCCAUUCUUGUCGAAAACAGGGAUACCGGCUAAACGUUGAAUCAAUAAAUACUGAAAAACAAAA